AUGGCAGUCAUCAAUGAGAGCCGCCCUGAAGAGUUCAUUCUCCUAGGCUUUGCUGACCGUCCCUGGCUGGAGCUCCCUCUCUUUGCUGUUCUUCUGGUAACAUACACCCUGGCCUUGAUGGGGAACAUUGCCAUCAUUUUGGUUUCUAGAUUAGACCCCCAUCUCCAUAGUCCCAUGUAUUUCUUCCUCACCAAUCUCUCCUUUCUGGACAUGUGCUACACCACAAGCAUUGUGCCUCAGAUGCUGUUUAACCUGGGAGGCUCCACAAAGACCAUCAGCUACAUGGGCUGUGCACUUCAGCUUUAUGUCUACCAUACAAUGGGGGGCACAGAGUGUCUUCUCCUGGCUCUUAUGUCCUUCGAUCGUUAUGUGGCCAUCUGCAGACCUCUGCACUACACCCUCAUCAUGAAUCAGCGCAUCUGCCCCCUGUUAGUGUCCACUGUGUGGCUGAUUGGAAUUUCCUAUGCUGUCUCAGAGGCCACUGUGACAUUGCAGUUGCCCUUGUGUGGCCACAAUAAACUGGAUCACUUGGUGUGUGAGAUUCCAGUUCUGAUCAAAGCAGCCUGUGGGGAAAAGGAAGCCAAUGAACUUGCUCUUGCUGUGGUGUGCAGUUUUAUGAUAGCUGUACCUCUGUGCUUAAUUCUUGCCUCUUAUGCAAGUAUUGGAUAUGCUGUACUUAAGAUUAAAUCUUCAGAGGGAAGGAAGAAGGCCUUUGGGACUUGUUCUUCUCAUCUCAUUGUAGUUCUCUUAUUUUAUGGUCCAGCCAUCAGCAUGUACCUUCAGCCCCCCUCCUCUAUCACAAGGGACCAGCCCAAGUUCAUGAGUCUCUUCUAUGGAGUGGUGACUCCAACACUGAACCCAUUCAUCUACACCCUAAGGAAUAAGGAUGUCAAGGGGGCUUUAGGGAGCCUGGCUAAGAGCAUUUUUAGUUCAAAGUAA